CUUUUUUUCCAUCCCUUAUUGUUUACAAUUUGGGCGCACGUGCGAAAAACACGCGGAGGCUUAAGUUUUGCUUUUGGUAUAAAUAUUAUAAGCAAGCAUGCCGCCAGUUGCACAAGAGGGCAAUUGCCUCAUCUAUCGAGGUGGAAACUUUCUAAAGCAACGGCUUGUACUGUCCUGCCUCAGCGGCAAGCCAGUGAAAAUCACACAGAUUCGCGCCGAAGAUGAGCGUGCUCCCGGCCUGCGGGAAUAUGAGAUUAGUCUGAUUCGUCUGCUCGAUAAGCUGACGAACGGCACCAAAAUUGAGCUCAAUCCCGCUGGCACCAGUGUCAUGUUCAGUCCGGGUUUGCUCCAUGGUGGUCAAUUGCAUCACGAUUGCUGCGUGCAGCGCGGAAUUGGCUAUUAUUUGGAUGCACUGAUCGCGCUGGGUCCAUUCUGCAAAUUGCCCGUGCAUUGUACAUUGCGCGGCGUGACGAACAGCAAAGACUCACCAUCGGUGGAUCAUAUUAAGGGCGCUGCAUUGUCACUGCUGAAGCGAUUUCUAUUAGUCGACGAUGGAUUGGAUUUGCGUGUGGUGCGUCGUGGUGUUGCCCCGCUCGGUGGCGGCGAAGUGAUCUUCAGCUGUCCCGUUCGCAAGAGCCUGCGCGCCAUACAGUUCCAACAGCAAGGCAUGGUGAAGCGCAUCCGUGGCACAGUUUACGCCUGCAAAGUGUCACCGGCGAUGGCCAAUCGCACUGUGGAAUCGGCCAAGGGAUGCAUGCUCAAAUUUUUGCCAGAUGUGUACAUCUAUACGGAUCAGAAUCGUGGCAAAAUGUCGGGCAAUUCACCGGGCUUUGGCAUUUGUUUGCUGGCCGAGACUACAGAUGGUGUUUGCUUCGCUUCCGACUGCAUCUCGAACACCAAAGAGGAGUCGGAUACGCCUACCAUACCAGAGGAUUUGGGGCGAGAUGUCGCCAUGCGUCUGCUGGAUGAAAUCUAUCGCGGUGGCUGCUGUGAUGCCGCCUAUCAAUGGCUGGCCGCUCUCUACAUGGCCCUGGGCCAAAAGCACGUUUCUAAAUUUUUGACAGGUGCCUUAUCUACAUAUACCGUGCACUUUUUACAACAUCUGCGCGACUUUUUCUCCAUAACGUUCAAGCUGGAGAAUCCCGAGGCCGAUGACGACGAUGAUGACGAUGAUGUGCGUGGUGCCCAAAAGGUUCUAAUGACAUGUGUGGGCAUUGGCUAUACUAAUAUUAGUAAGCGUGUCCUGUAGACAUGCUCAAACGCAUAGCCAUAAUCUAGACACAUCGAUCUAAACAAUUAAAUUUAUUUUGUAUAUUGAAUGUAACAAUUAUAAUUAUAUACACAUAAUUGUAUAUGUAUAUGUAUGCAAAUGUAUAUAAUAUUAAGGCUAAAGUUCUUCAUUAAACCAUAUAUCUAUAUAUAUAUUAUA